GGAGACCUCCGCCUCUCCCCGGAGGCGCAGCGAGGAUUGGCGGCGCCUCACGGACCCGAGCACUGCUCCCCGGCGGCGGCGGCGGCGCAGCCCCCCAGCGCAGGCCGGGGAUGGAGCCGCAGCCCGGCGGCGCGCGGAGCUGCCGGCGCGGGGCCCCCGGCGGCGCCUGCGAGCUGGGCUCGGCGGCCGAGGCGGCGCCCAUGAGCUUGGCCAUCCACAGCACGACGGGCACCCGCUACGAGCUGUCGGUGCCGCCUGACGAGACGGUAGACGGGCUGCGCAAGCGGCUGUCCCAGCGCCUCAAAGUGCCCAAGGAGCGCCUGGCGCUGCUCCACAAAGACACCCGGCUCAGUUCGGGGAAGCUGCAGGAGUUUGGCGUGGGGGAUGGCAGCAAGCUGACGUUGGUGCCCACGGUGGAGGCUGGCCUCAUGUCCCAGGCCUCACGGCCGGAACAGUCGGUGAUGCAGGCCCUGGAGAGCUUGACCGAGACCCAGCCCCAUGCGGCACCCGGGCCGGGCCGGGCUGGCGGAGGCGGCUUCCGGAAAUAUCGAUUCAUUUUAUUUAAGCGUCCGUGGCACCGACAGGGACCCCAGAGCCCAGAGAGGGGCGGCGAGAGGCCCCAGGUCAGUGACUUCCUGUCUGGUCGCUCUCCGCUGACCCUGGCGCUGCGCGUAGGUGAUCACAUGAUGUUCGUCCAGCUGCAGCUUGCCGCCCAGCACGCCCCUCUGCAGCAUCGGCAUGUGUUAGCCACAGCCGCUGCAGCCCGCGGAGACCCCAACGCAACCACCCCUGUGACCUCACCUUGCCGGCCCGUGUCCAGUGCUGCCCGUGUCCCCCCAGUGCCCAGCAGUCCUGCCCCUGUGUCCCCCUCACCAGUGACAGCCGGCUCCUUUCGAUCCCAUGCAGCUUCUACCACCUGUCCCAAGAUGGACUGUUCCUCCCCUGCCAGCGGCAGCGCCAGCAGCACAUCCACCCCUGGGGGCAGCCCCGCCCCCCGCCCCCGCAAGCCUGGCGCUGUUAUCGAAAGCUUCGUGAACCAUGCCCCAGGGGUCUUCUCAGGGACCUUCUCUGGCACGCUGCACCCCAAUUGUCAGGACAGCAGCGGGCGGCCGCGACGUGACAUCGGCACCAUCCUGCAGAUCCUCAACGACCUCCUGAGCGCCACACGGCACUACCAGGGCAUGCCCCCAUCACUGACCCAGCUGCGCUGUCACGCCCAGUGUGCACCCGCUGCCACGCCGGCCCCCGACCUCGCCCCCAAGUCUACCUCCUGCGAGAAGCUGCCAGCCACGCCCCCAGCCUCACUGCUGCAGGGCCAGAGCCAAAUCCGUAUGUGCAAGCCGCCGGGUGCGUGUGCACCGGGUGACCGGCUGCGGCAGACGGAGAACCGGGCCACCCGCUGCAAGGUAGAGCGUCUGCAGCUGCUGCUCCAGCAGAAGCGGCUCCGCCGGAAGGCCCGGCGCGACGCCCGGGGCCCCUACCACUGGCCGCCCAGCCGCAAGGCCGGCCGCAGCGAUAGCAGCGGUGGCAGCGGCGGCAGCAGCCCCAGCGAGGCCGCAGGCCUGGGCCUCGACUUUGAGGACUCCGUCUGGAAGCCGGAAGUGAACCCCGACAUCAAGUCCGAGUUCGUAGUGGCUUAGGAUACGGCCCCGUCUCCCCUGGAGGCCCGGUGGCCAAGGACGCCGGGAGGAGCCCCGCUGGCCUUGCAGAGCCAAGCAGCAGGCAGCGCAGCGGGGGCCCCUCCCUGCCCGUGGUCCACGCUCACAGCGACCUUCCCUUCCUUUUUUAUGAUCCUCACCGUGGCUUCCCCGACGCCCGUGGACCGGCUCCCCGCCGCCCCGGUUUCCUCACACGUGCCCACCUCUUCCUCCGGCUCCGGGUCCCUUCCCGCCCACCCUCCAGAGCUCCAAAUAUGUAGCAUCCUUCCAGAUGGCUGAGCUGGGAAGGCGACACCGGAAGCCGCCCCCGCCCCGCCCGCUCCGCCCCCCUCGCCGCCUCCACCCCAUUCAGGUUUAAAGUCAAAUUCUCGAUGCCUCAUGCACUUUACGGGGAGGGGAGGGGCCCGGAGACCCCCGUCCCACCCCCGCCGCAAGCUUCAGGCCAGCAGGCCGGCCCAGGUUUAAAACGAGAGAUCCACACGUGGACCCCACCCGGUCACACGGGAGUGUCUUUGCCACGUCUGUCCUAGUCUCUCUCCAUUGUCCUUUUUUUCUGUUGAAAAAGCAAACCCGCUUCAGGGGAGAGGCCUAGGGCCUGCCUUGGAGUUCAGGCGGGGACGUUGGGCCCUCCUGCCUGGAAAGGAAACGAGGGCGCGGGAACAGACUUCCCGCCUAGGUUCCGCACGGCCCACUCACUGUGCUAUUUCCUCCUAAAACACCACCCUCGUCCCCCACCCCUCUUCUUCUGACCUCCUGCCUGAGCUUGGGGUAUUUAUAGACUAUUGAUUUCUGACUGAGCCAAUAGUGGGUUGGGGAAUCUCCUGGAAAUACAGGAGACCAGAUGGCUGUGGGUCUGGAGAAACGCCCCCCACCUCUCCUUCCAGGCCCUUCCUGAGGGACAGGGGGUCAUGGACUGUGCUUCUGGGGGGGGGGGACUGUCCAUGGCCUGGAAUGGGAGGGGGUGCUGAGCUGUGAACCCCUCGGCAGGGGCAACGCUGUGUAGCAUUAACCCCCUUGGGGGGGGUCGCUGCUGGUCUAAUUUGGACCCUCCCCACUCAGUGCCCGGAUCCUGGGGGUCUGCGGGGUCCCCCUGGGGCUGUGGGGAAAACCCCUGACUGGGGCCAUUUCAAAGUGGGUGGACUUUUUUUCUUUUUUUUUUUUUACUGAUACUAGAAAUGUUGGGCACUGUCCCACGCUCUACCUGUCUGUCUCAGUCCUGGCCACACCUGUUUCUGUGUCCUCCGCACCCCCCGUUCCCCCACCCCCGCUUGUCCCCCUCCCUGUAGGUAAGCACCAGGUCCUCGACCCCCCACUUGAUCAUGUGUUUUAAACUUAAUGGUUUCAGAUGUGAACAUCAUGUGUUAAUGUAGCUUUGUAAAUUUUUUUGUGGGGGGUGGGUGGGCCGGGAGGGGUUAGGGGGUCAAGGAUUCGUUUUUUGUUUGUUUUUUGGCUUUUUUUUUUUUUUUUCCAAAAAAAAAAAAAAGAAGAAAGGGGUGGGUUUGUUUUUCCUAAGAACUGUCUUGGGUUCCUAUUUAAACGUGUGUUCUGUUUUGUUUUUUAAACGAUUUUUAAAUAACGUCUGUGCCUCCGCGAGUUCAGAGGGUAAAGGCCCCAGGCAGGAGUGUCCUGCCCUUGCCAGGGCCCUUCCCCCAAAGAAAGCAUUACCCGCUCUCGGGGUCGGGCUGUGGGGGUCCUGGCACCUCGCGUGAGUUUCCGGUAUGAAAUUGAGAAAAAAAAAACCUUCCAGCACCGUGAUUUCAAGUAAUAAACAGAAUGAGACAA